AUGCUCGUGAGUGUGGAUAAGACGACUCUGAGCUAUGCAGCCGUCUUCGACUUGCGAGAAGACACCCAUCUCCACGGCUCCCAAUAUUCUUGGCUUGGGGCGAUCUUCUACGUGGGCUACUUUGCAUGGGAAUAUCCUACGAACCUGCUUCUCCAGAAGCUCCCAAUAGCCAAGUACCUAUCGCUGACGGUCUUCAUGUGGGGAUUGGUCUUGAUGUGCCAUGCAGCCUGCGACAACUUUGCAAGUCUUGCAGCUGUGCGAACCUUUCUGGGGGUGUUUGAAUGCACGACCAACCCUGCAGCUAUCUUGCUGUGCGCCAUGUGGUACAAGAGAGCCGAUCAACCUUUCAAACUUGGUAUUUGGAACGCUUGUGGAGGACUAGCCUACAUUCUGGCUGGUAUUGCAAGCUUUGGAAUUGGCCAUAUUCAUGCUUCGAUCGCUAGUUGGAGAUUCAUCUUCCUGCUUUUCGGAGCCUUCACAGUCCUGUGGAGCUUUGUCCUCUGGUUCUGUUUGCCAGCCUCCCCAUUUACGGCAACUUUCUUGACAGAGGCCGAAAGAGCCUGUGUGAUUGAUCAAGUCAAGGACAACAGAACUGGCAUCGAGAAUCGUCAGUUCAAGAAAGAUCAGUUUAUCGAGACGCUGAAAGAUGCUAAGACUUGGCUACUUUUUGCCUUUGCUAUCGCAAGCAACUGUCCCAAUGGUGGCCUGACCACAUUUUCUGGACUCAUAAUCAAGCAAAUGGGAUUUAAUCAACUUCAAACCACAUUGAUUGGGAUGCCUACCGGCGCGGUCCAAUUCAUUGCCGUGUUGACUGGCACGUUCAUUGCGUCGUCCAGACCAAAUCUGCGGUGUAUCACGAUGAUGAUUUUCCUGGUCCCCUUUCUCGCCGGUAUCAUCGGCAUUCAUAUCCUCCAUGAAUCUCAUCGAUGGGGUCGCGCCGCUUGCCUCUGGAUUGCGUAUACGUAUACAGCCACCUGGACCCUCAGCAUGAGCGUGUUGAUUGGCAACACAGCUGGCCACACCAAGAAAACCACCACCAGUGCCAUCCAUUUCAUGGGAUACUGCCUUGGGAAUUUUCUGGGCCCGUUCUUCUUCUUGUCCCGCCAGGCGCCUGCAUACCCGCUCGGGUGGGGCAUGAUGUUCUUCUGUGUCGCGGUCCAAUUCGUGCUCAUUGCGGGCAUUCUUGCACUCCUGUACUGGCGAAACCGCACCAGGGAUCAGGCGUUUGCCAGGGAGGGAAAACAUCUCGCAAACCCGGAUGAAGACGGCCUACUUGAUCUCACGGACUUGAAAAAUGAGAACUUCCGAUACGUCCUGUGA